UUGGCUGGUGGGGUCCCGGGCCGAGGCGGCGAGAGCAGAGCAGAGCAGCCGGGAGACGGAGCGGGUGCAGGCGCGGCAGCUGUGGGCGCGAAAAAAAUAAUCUUGCUGAUUAUUGUUUUCCAGAAAACACUCUUUUUAGAGCACUUCUUGGUGGUGCCAUCAGAAAUGUCUUCCUUAAGUGGAAAGGUGCAAACCGUUUCAGGUCCAGUGGACCCAAGCAAACUGGGCCGGACGCUGACCCAUGAACAUCUGACAAUGACCUUUGAUUGCUGUUACUACCCACCUGCUCCGUGCCAUGAAACCAUCUCUAAGGAACCUAUCCUGAUGAAAAACUUAUUUUGGAUUCAGCAAAACCCUUAUUCCCAUAAAGAGAAUCUUCAGUUGCAUCAGGAGAGAGAAGCCGUAAAGGAAGAGUUGUUGUAUUUCAAAGCUAAGGGUGGUGGAGCUAUGGUAGAGAACACGACCACUGGCCUCCAAAGGGAUGUGCAGACCUUGAAGUGGCUCUCUGAUCAGACUGGAGUCCAUAUCAUAUCAGGAGCUGGAUUUUAUGUGGAUGCAACCCAUUCUUCAGAGACGAGAGCCAUGUCAGUAGAACAGCUCACCGAUGUCCUUAUUAAUGAUAUUCUCCAUGGAGCCGAUGGUACCACUAUCAAGUGUGGUGUUAUUGGAGAAAUUGGAUGCUCCUGGCCUUUGACUGAGAGUGAAAGAAAGGUUCUUCAGGCAACAGCACAUGCCCAGGUUCAGCUUGGCUGUCCUGUUAUUAUCCAUCCUGGACGCAGUCCAAGUGCACCAUUUCAGAUUAUCCGAAUAUUGCAAGAAGCAGGUGCAGACAUCUCCAAAACAGUUAUGUCCCACCUUGACAGGACUAUACUUGAUAAGAAGGAGCUGCUGGAGUUUGCUCAGCUUGGCUGCUACCUGGAGUAUGAUCUCUUUGGUAAUGAAUUUCUUAAUUACCAAUACGACCUAGAUAUUGAUAUGCCGGAUGAUAACAAAAGAAUUAGAAGGGUGCGGCUCCUGGUGGAUGAGGGCUGUGGAGAUCGAAUUCUGAUGGCCCAUGACAUACACACGAAGCAUCGCCUGAUGAAAUAUGGAGGGCAUGGCUAUUCUCAUAUACUUAGCAAUAUUGUGCCUAAAAUGUUAUUUAGAGGCAUAACCCAGAGUGCACUUGAUAAGAUACUGAUAGAAAACCCUAAGCGAUGGCUCACUUUCAAAUAGAAUGGUUGCUUAUGAAUUGAUUUAUAAUACUUACAGAAAAUCUUCAGUGAUUUCAAUCCCACUGGCAGAAUUAAUCAGAUCUACAUAGGACACAAUAACUGAUUGAAUUUCCUUCCCGUGAGAAGUUUGCCUCUCUGUAACAGGCUAUGUGCACCUGUGGGGAGUUGCUGAGUCUAACAACCCUAUUGUUUUGCCUUAAUAAAAUAAAUACAGAAAAAUCCUUAUUUCCAAACAAUAAUUUAAAGUCUGUAUACUCUAAGAGGAGGUUUUGGGGUUUUUCCUAAUCUAUCAGCUAUACGACUUGAGAAAAUUUUAAAUGUUUCUGGUUAAAUUGCCCCCUUCUGGAGUAAUCUAAUGUUUCUUGUAAUAUUGAUGAUCCUACUAAUUAUCCUGCUGUUCUUUAAUUAAUGCUUAAUGAAUAAUAUGGCACUUUCAAGUAGUUUUUGCUACAAGGGAAGUUAAAUUUUGAGAGUUUUUAUUCCAAAGGAUACUGUAAUAUAAUUACCAACUCACAACAAUAAAAAUAUUUUGGAAGGUUAAUGGUACGCUAUCCACCUAUCUAUAAUAAAUCAGUUUGAUGCCUUUGGC